AUGUCGGACGAGAACAAGGAAAACCGGAUUUCCAUGGAGGACAACAGCGAGAAUAUCCCUCCCGAGGACACGAAGGGUAAACAGGAGGCGCAAGGCGACUCUGGAUCAUGGUACACCAAGCCUGAAGAGAAGGGCAACUCCAUUGGCGGCAAAAUCCAAGGCGCGUUGUCCCCGGUCGGCAACGUAGCAGGCCCAGCGCUGGAGAAAGGCGCCGCUCCUGUGGGCGCCCUCCUCGGCUCGUCCGUCGGAGGCAUCAUGAAAGGGGGGCAGGCCUGGGGAGAGCAGCUGGGCGUAGGCUACGGCAACGCCGAAGGCGGCCCAGCCAAAGCUCAAGAGGCGGAAUACCAAAGGAUGAAAGAGGACUUGGGCGGGAAAGAGCAGACGGGGGAUAAUCCCUUGGGUCUGUGA